AUGGCUCCAAAGUCGCUGGCAGAGCAGAUUGCUGAAUUGGAAGAUCUUAAUCCUAAAGGACUAACUGUAACAGAUUUUGACCCCGAGGAUAUCGAGCGCGGCGGACAGUCGAGCGAUGAGGAAGAGAACUUGAAGGAUGAAAAUGCUGGAAGAGAACAUUACCAGGCUGUCGGCAAAGGAAAGCUCCGCAAAGAUGAUCCGAUUACUCUAGGGAAGCAAUAUGCUGGAUCUCGAGUCAGUAGGGAUGCGCUCGAAGCCGAGAGCGACGACGAUCCGUUCAGAGUGCGGUCCAGCGACGAGGAAGAUAGCGAGGAUGAGGAUGAGGAUGAGGACCUGGAGCUUGGAAGCGCCGACGAGGAUGAUGAGGACGACGACGAGGAGAGUGAAGAAGAAAAGCCGCGGAAGCCUCGACUCGGGAAAAAAGAACGUCUUGAAGACAUUUUGGACGGAAUGGACACCGACGGUACGGAGGAUAGCGAAGAAGACGACAUGGAAGACUUUGACGAGGACGAACUUUCCGACGAAGAUGAAGAGGACGGUGACGACGACGACGACGACGAGGAUGAUGAUGAAGAAGAAGAGGAAGAAGAGGAAGAAGAGGAAGCAAAACCCAAGCGCAGAGUUAAAUUCGAGGAGAGUGCGAAAUCAGAUGACCGCGAACAGCUGCGCCAGCUAAUGGCAUCUGACCAAAAGACCAUCGCCGCUACUAUUUCGCAAGCAGCCAAAGCCGACGCUACCAAGGGAAAGGCCGUCAAACAACAGCGAGCAACCUUUGACGCCCUUCUCAACACCCGCAUUAAGCUUCAAAAGGGUCUGACAGCCGUCAACCAACUUUCCAUUGUCGCCCGGGAUUCCGAAGAUGUCGACGGUGAAGCUAUCAAAUCUGCGGAAACAGCCGCGCUCACACUCUGGUCUACGCUCGAGGACCUCAGACUCGCCCUUGCUGAUGCGCAUGCGCAGGAUGAUUCGAAGAAGCGCAAGCGUCCCGCUGCUGUCUCCCCAACGACAUCCACAUCCUCCCUAUGGAAGCGCAUGGUGGAUCUCGAAUCCGACUCUGUUGCGCAUCGUCGUGCCAUCCUCGACAAAUGGUCGCUAAAAGUCCGCGGCUCCAAUGGCGGCCUCGCCAACUCCCGAGGAAAGCUUCUCGGAUCCAGUGCCCGUAGCCAGACUAUCACGGCUGUGUUGGACGCACAUAUCGCUUCAGAAGCCGGGGAUAUCCGCGGUGGAAAACGGGCGCGCAAAGAUGGAGCCACCAAUGGCGUCGAGGAAGAGCCAAUUUACGACGAUACCAUCUUCUACCAGUCUCUCCUGCGCGACCUUGUUGAGCAGCGCAUGUCAUCGUCUGAUGCUAUCACUAACGGGCUUGAUACUCUGCACCUCCUGCCAUCUCGAUCCGUCCACCCGGUUACCGGCAUGCGUAAGGACAAGGUGAAGAAUGAGAUCGACACUCGUGCAUCCAAGGGACGCAAGAUGAAGUUUGACGUUCAUGAGAAGCUGCAGAACUUUAUGGCAUCCGAGGACCGGGGCAAGUGGACGCAGCACGCUCGGGAGGAGUUCUUUGCAUCUCUGCUUGGAAAGACAGCGAGUGGUUUGCUGCGGGAGGAAGACGAGGAGGAGGGCGUUCGUAAUGCCGAUGAGAGUGAUGAGGAUCGCGAGGAGGGAGGACUGAGGCUCUUUAGAAGCUAG